AAGAAGAAAAUAGCAUCUUGGUUGCUAACAGUAAACAUACAAGUGCAGCGUGUCUUCUAGACGUAAAGAAUUGGGUAGUGGCUAAGUAAUGUCAAAAUGAAAGGUUAUUUACCUUAAACAACCGCUUCCUUUUAAUAAUUGUGUAAUUCUGCAGUUAAAGAGUUUAAAACGGAUGUUUUUCAAGCAGUUGUCUAGCUAUCGUUAGCUAAUACCAGGACUGUGGGCGAAUUGAGUAAACAAUUGAGUUGUUACGUUAUAACUGCGAUUUAUCGACGGCAUGAAGAGAUCAGUUACUUUAAGAUGAGGUUGCGUAAAUAUGUCGGAGGGGUGAUAAUCAACCCCUGUUUCGGGCAUUAUCACCAUGGCUGCUUUGGGCUUUACUCCUGCAAGAGAGCAGGACGUUUGGAUAGAGGACACUGAGAAAACAUCCCUUCUUCCAAACGCGAUAAGUGGGGCUGAGGCCAGGUCGUUUUACGAAAGUCUGGUUAAGGAUACUGAAGGUGGCGGAGUAAGGCAGAGCACACUAAAAACUAAACAUCGGAGAAGCAAUGGUAGACGUCAUGUAGACCGAACAGUAGAAAAUAAUAGCAGUCGAGGUGAACACAGCAACGCCAGGACACGAAGACGGAGUCCACAUGGACGACCAGAAAGACCCCAAAGUGGCAAUAGAGCACAGCCCUCCAGGCAGACGCCCCCCACUGAGCUCCACGGCCUCAAACUGCUGCGGUGUGCCCAAGAGGGUGACGUGUCAGGCCUCAAAGACUUGCUUUCACGUGGAGUGGACAUAAACUUUCAGGAUUCUUUCUUCUGGACCGCCAUGAUGUGUGCGAGCUCGGCCGGCCAGCGGGCAGCUGUGAGGCUUCUGCUGGGCCGGGGAGCAGCAUGGGUCGGGGUGGUAGACACGCGCGGCAGAGAUGCCAGAGAACUGGCACACGAAGCGGGUCACCAAGGGGUUGUGGAGGAGCUGGACGGCUUUGAAACAAACACACCGCAAGUCACACAGCCAGUCACACAGCCAGUCACACAAGCUGACAGGAGAUACCCAGUGCGCCAGUGGUGUGAGAUGUGUGGGAGCCACUUCAGCGGCCACGCCUCUUCCCAUCUCUCCUCCACCCUGCACCAGUUCAGCCUGCACCAUCAGCCCCCCACCCCCCAGUACUGCCUCCCCGCCUCCAGCGCCAGCUAUAAGAUGAUGGUCCGCUACGGCUGGGACCCUCGGACGGGGCUGGGCCCGGAUGGGGGCGGGCCCAAGCAGCCUGUGUCUACUGUGCUCAAGAGAGACCACAAGGGCCUGGGCUUUGGACCCAUGAAAAAAGCCCGGGUCACUCACUUCCCCGCAAAGGACCCCCAGGCGGUCAAACUUCCCAAGGCCGUAGAGAGGGAGGGCGGAGGAGACAAGGGGAAGAGGAAAGAGGAGGGCUUGAGGAGGCAGGAGAUUGAUAGGACCUGGGAGAGAGAUUUCCGCUCCUCAUUCAAUUCUUGUGACUAACAGUAACCCCAAGGGUUUAAUCAUCAAAUUUUUUAUGAUGUGCUAUUUUGUAUUCUUUUGAUAACCCUUAGAUAUGAAUGGGUAAUACCUUCAUAUCACUUCACAGGUUAAAUGAAGAUCAAGCAAGUUCAAAUGGAUUUAUAUGUAUUUUUUGUGCACCCUCCGGACUACUGCAACAUUUGGUCACGUUUUGAACCAAAAUAUGUGUGAUAAGGAGAUGUGUUAAUUUGUGUUGCAUUUACAAAUCGAACAUGCAAUGGGUAUAAUCCUCAGGGAGAUGAACCAUGACUUAUUAUUAUAACAUGCUUAAAGGAAACGCCAAUAAACAUGUAUAAUAUGAAAGCCACUGUUUAAUGCUAGAGACCUCUGUUUACUUAUUAGAGGGGUGUGUGGCUUACCCAGGUCUGUGUUAUCUUCAUGAUUGCUUCAUUAGGUAAAAAGGUGUUUUUCUCAAUCUUAUCGAAAAGUUGCGCUAUACAAAGUCCUGUCCACGGGAAGCAAUAACAAACACACCCUUAGAGAGAAGGUCGAAAGCUCGUUUUUGUUUUAUGACAUUGUGAAUAUAGGGGAGAAGAGAUGUAUGAGGCAAACUAGGCAUGUGUCCAACAUCUCUAGGUUUGCAAUUUCAAAUAAUCAUGGUUAUUUUUUUACUUUCUUGUAGACAUCCAGGAACGUUUUUUGUGUUUAAAAAAUAAUAUGCACUGGAUAAUCAUGAAUAUUCAUUCAUUUGGGUUCUGUCUGGAUUUUACUGCUACUAGUUAUACCCAUGGAGGGUUUCUUUGACCUUGUUAAAGGAAUCCAAUAAGGGUGUGUGUAGUUUACGAUUACAUAUACUCCUAAAAUGAUAAAUGCAACAAAGCAAUUAUUCACAACAAUCAAAACAACUUAGUUGAACAAUUACAAUGAUUUGGAUUUACAAAACAAUGCAAUUUUGAUAAUCGUUAGGAAUUAAGAGUACAAUUUUGCUAUUAUUUUUAUUAAUUUUUUUAAUUCUAUCUUGUAGCUGCUCAUUUUCAGCUACAGGGAUCUUAUUAGGUACCACAGUGGAUCUGUUCAUACCUAUUGUUCUUGUACGGUUUGGGUAUUAUUAUUCCUGAUUGGUUGCGUCUAUCUCAGGGGUGGACAUAAGAAGGCCUCUAAAAAAGUUUGGUACAGACAUUCCCGUAGGGGGCGCUACCAUUCCUAGUCAAAUAACUUAAGUUAAUCUUAGGGAAAUGCCUUAUUUUGCAUGCUGAAGCUUAUUGAACUGGUAAAAAAUACCUAGAAUUGAUAUUGAUUGUGUAAAAAUCACCAAUUUAUAUGGAAAUCUAAAAAUUAACGCAUGUGUGACCAUUUUGUGUCGAUAGCUCAGCAUUGGUAUUAAAGUGACUUUCACAUUGCGUGACAGUCCGUGCAUUCCUAGAUAAAGUUGUUAUUUCUGAUACAAUAGAUGAAACAUUACAAAUGCCACACUGCUUUUCAAUUAAUGUACGCAACCAAGUUAAUUGAAAUUGGCAUAAAUUACCCAAUGUCCAAAUAUAAUUGCGUAUAUUUUUUUAAUACACUUUU